CGGAACCAGAACAAGAACCAGAAGCAGAAGCUCACAGGGCACAGUCCAAAUCAAAUACCUCAGCAGGAAGUGUGAAAAGAAAGCAGCUGUUUGAGGUCAAACAAGUACCAGAGGAUUUGCCUGAGCUCCUUAUCACAGAUGAAGAUCUAACAGCCAACCAAGUACAAGUGGAAUUACCAGAGAUCAUUAUCACAGAUGAUGAGGAUCUUACAGUCAGCCAUGUGCCAAUGGUUUUGCCAGAGAUUGUUAUCACUCAUGAUGAUCUUCCCGGUAAGCCCAAGGUCUCUGCAAAGCAGGGGCAGCCGUCUGCAAAGGGAUGCAAUGUUAACCAGGUAGCUGAGGGUUCUGGUGUUAACAAUAGCGUACAGGAGCUUCCAGGGGAGCCUGGUACCUCUGAAGGAGGGAGAGUGAAAAGAGCUUUGAAAAGAAGACAUCUUGGCCAACCUCAUCAGUCAGAAGGAGUUCCUCCCGUGAAGAAAUCAAAAAAACAGGAACAUGAGGAAUCGGAACUUGCUGGUGAUGCUGUGCAACAGCGGCCUGACCAAGCCCAGGUGCUCAUAUUUGCAAAGGAGCUAAUGGAAGCUGGUGAACGUCUAACUCAGUUGAGCCACAAGAUAACAGAAAAUGAAAAGAGCAUCACAGAGAAGCAGAAAAUUGUCACGAGGUUCAAGCAGUACCAAUCAUGCAUAACAGAAUUUCUGGAAGGAGAUGUCAGAAGAUACAAUCUGCCUGGCAUGGCUGACUUUCUGAAAGAUAUUAAAAAUGAACUGAUGUAUCCCUAUAGCAAAACUACAUUUGCCACACAGUGGGGAGGUGGUAGGACACUAAACUCUGAUACACAAACUGAUUCUGAUUCUGUACAAUCUACAGAAACAGAAGCAGAAACUCUCCCUGAAACACAGAACACUGUUGAUUCAGUUGUGAGUUACCACUCAGACACUGAUGAUGGUGAAGGUGGGGAUGUGUACUUAGAGCCUAUCAGGAAUUGGGAAAGGCUCAACAACCGCUACAGAGCCCGGUGA